GCCAAAAGGGAGCUGGAGAUAAAUGUUUCACUGUUCUUCUCUCCAUCACUUCGUCUUUGUCUGCAUCCACAACAUCAGCAAAGAAAGGGGGAAUUGAAUAGUCAAGAUGCCUGAGAAAGCACCAGAGAGGAAAUCUAAAAUCUCAGCCUCUCGCAAGCUCAUGCUGAAGAGCUUGAUGGUAGCCAAGGCCAAGGAGGAACUGGAGCAGGAGAUUGUAGAAAAAGACGAGCAAAAGGCAAAGUUUCUGGAGGAAAAAGCUCCUCCAAUACGGACCGGUGGCCUCUCCUUAGCAGAGCUACGGAUAUUAUGUGAGGAGCUGCAUACCAGAAUAGAUGUGGUGGACGAGGAGCGCUAUGAUAUUGAAGCCAAGGUCUUGCAUAACACCAGAGAGAUCAAAGACCUGAACAUCAAGGUAUUGGACUUGCGAGGGAAGUUCAAGAGACCUAACCUGAGAAGGGUGAGGGUCUCUGCUGAUGCCAUCCUGCGCUCCCUACUGGGCUCUAAACACAAGGUCUCUUUGGAUCUGCGAGCUAACCUAAAAUCCGUCAAAAAGGAGGACACAGAAAAGGAGAAGACAGUGGAGGUGAGUGACUGGAGGAAGAAUGUGGAGGCCAUGUCAGGCAUGGAGGGCCGCAAGAAAAUGUUUGAUGCUGCAAAAGGCCAAAACCAGUAAAACAGCUGGCUAACAAACAGCUGGGUAACAAACAGCUGGCUUUCAUCUAAUCACCAUCACUUGCAUACCAAAGAUUUCUGAGCACAAAGCAUAAGGGAUGCUUGGUGACUUCACAUAUUCAAGUCGUUUAAAUACUCAGUAUCUUUCCUCAACACUGAAAUAAACAGCAUCUCUAUUCUCAU